GCUGCGGCCGCCCCGCUGGGGCCAGUCAGAGGAGGGCGGUCGCCGGACAUAGUCGCUCGCCAUGCAGCUCCUGAGCUUAGCGUUGCUGCUGGGCGGACUGUGUGGGGCCUUCGCAGCCGAGGAGUCCUGCGAGGGACGCUGUGACUUGGGCUUUGACGCCCAGAAGAAAUGCCAAUGUGAUGAUCUUUGCUCCUACUACCAGAGCUGCUGCGGUGAUUAUUCCACCACUUGCAAAUCCAAAGUGACCCGCGGAGAUGCGUUCCUCCUGCCGGACGAUGCGUAUCUGGAUUACUAUGACUUCCCUGGUACCAUGGCCAGUGUUCCCACAUCCGGCGAGCCCACGGCUCCUGAGCCCAUCGCCACCGUCCCAGCGACAUUUGCAACCUAUGAACAUGAGUGGACAGAAGAAAGUCAUCUCAUGGUCCCCUCUGGGCCCACUGCGGCAGACAUUCCAACCCAUAGGCCGGAAGAGGAGUCCUUGUGCAGCGGGAAACCUUUCGACGCUUUCACAAGCGUGAAGAACGGCUCCAUCUAUGCUUUCCGCGGGAAGUAUUUCUAUGAACUCGAUGAGAAGAGUGUGAAGCCUGGAUACCCCAGACUCAUCCAGGAAGUGUGGGGCAUUGAUGGACCCAUUGACGCCGCCUUCACCCGCAUCAACUGUGAGGGAAAGAUGUACAUCUUCCAGGGGAGCCGGUACUGGCGCUUUGACGACGGGGUCCUGGAACAAGGCUUCCCCCACAACAUCUCGGAUGGCUUCACGGGGAUCCCCGACGACCUCGACGCCGCCUUUGCCCUCCCAGCCCAGAACUACAUGUCCAGCGAGCGCGUCUACUUCUUCAAAGAGAAGAGAUACUGGUCCUACGACUUUGCAAACCAGCCAAGCCGUGAGGACUGCGAGCAAACCUCCCCGUCAGCGGUCUUUGACCACUUUGUGCUGCUGCAGGAUGACGAGUGGGACCAGUUCUUCCAGAUGCUUUUCGGGGGCUCACGGCGGAGUGGGGCCAGCCGGCCACGCUACAUCAGCCGAGACUGGCACGGUGUGCCGACCCACUUGGACGCGGUCAUGCUUGGCAGGAUGUAUGUGGGGCAGAGGCAGCCCAAGCAACAGGCCAGGAGGAAGCCCUCCCGCCGCCACCGCAGGAAGUACCGCCACCACCAGCGCUGGGGCAGCAGGAAGUCGCGCUGGGAGUGGCCCAUCAAGGACAGCUCCGAGUCCUCGGACCUGGACUGGCUCCUGGGCGGAAUCACCACUUGCCAGCCCUUCCAGACCGUCUACUUCUUUGCACAAGACAAGUAUUAUCGGCUCAACCUGCAAACACGGCGGGUGGAUUUGGUGUACCCCCGGUACCCCCGCCCCAUCGCCAAGUACUGGCUGGGCUGCCCCUCUGACGAGGAUCUCGCCUGAGCUCAGCUGCAGACAUGUCCGCACCAGCGGCCAAAUAGAAGCCUUGCAUUCCCAAAGCCGCGUCCAACGGUGUCCUUGUUUGAUUUGAUUUGAUUUCUAAAAUGUGUAUUGCUCCUUUCUGCCACAAUGGGCCCUCAUCGAGGCAACGAAUGGUACUAAAGAUGCAGGGUAAAAUGCAAAGUUCACAAUUAAAAACUUAAAAGUGAAUAAAGGAAAAAUGCACAACCAGC